CGUACUUCAAAGUGAUCAAACGUUUGACAAAGUGGUCCGAUAUUAAUAAUUUAAAAUGGAUUUUGUAAUUGAAGGAGCAUCUUAUAACUGUGUGUUUUCACGCAUCCACAUUUUUGAUCUUUGGUGCAAAGAAAAAGGCACGAAUGCCGAAAAAAUGCAAGGCAUAAAUAAUUUACUGGCACUAAACAUAAAAAGCAAAGGCUACGAAGUCAAUACGAUUGACCUUAAGAAAUGUAUUCAGUACAUUUGCAAAAAGAUAGUUGCCUUCUGGAUUCAGUACAAAAGAAUUAGAAGUUUAGUUGUACAAUACCAAUCUGAAUGGCUAAAAACUAAAGAAUUUAUUGUCCUGAAGCCUACUGGUAGUGCUCAACAAAUUGAUCUGAGUUCUAGUCGUGGACGGCCCAAAAUGGAUUUUGUUGAGUCCUCAAAAAGGACGAAACGUCGCCGAAUAGCCCUACUACAAAAGCAUGAUGAGUCUGCAGCUUCUGUUUUGCGCUCAUCUGAUUCUCAGUCAAGCCUUAAUGCAACUGAAAUAAAUAUUGAAAAGGUCUUGUCGCUUGUCGUCGACAUUGGGUUGUCCAAACACCAAUACUUGGUCAUUAGAUCAUUUAUAAAUUCAGAAGUUUCCUAUAACUUAUUGCCAAGAUACGAAAAAAUUCUUAAGUUCAAAACAUUGAGAUAUCCAAAUAAUAUUGUUGUAGACGAAACACAUGCAGAAGUGGAACUACAAAGUCUUUUAGACAACACGGCUUCAAGUAUUUUAGAGCUUCAAAAGAGUUUAAUUGAAGAACGUUUGGAUGAAACUGAAAAAACUCUAACAUUAAUUGGAAAAUGGGGAUUCGAUGGCAGCACUGGCCACAGCGAAUAUAAACAAAAGUUUUCCAAUUGUAUUAAUGACGAGAAAAGUUUAUUUGUCACAUAG